CAUAAAGAAAUAAUGCCAGGUCGUGGGCAGGUUAUAUAUAAGCACCACAAGGUUGGAUGAAUGGUUGAACACCCUCCCCCUAACGCAUCGGAUUAUAAUUCGCACUUGACCGACGAUUCCUUUCGUACUCAACAGCACAUUCCUCCGCGUCUAGCUCCAAGACUUCUAUCAGACUAUCACCUUAGGGCUUACCCUUCGCUUCGUUCUCACAACACUCAAUGCACAGCUUGAACGACAUUAGGUCGAAUAAUACCGAUUUCGACCGCGGAACUCACUACGAAUUUGAAAGUGGCUUCGACAUGCCUCAGCAGUCGAUUCGACAACAUUCGCCUCUAUCGUUGUCUUUGAUUUCGGAGUCAAAAACAACAAAGAGCGAACCCCAGCACUUAUACUCUUACUCAUCAUCUUCUGGCUCCUCUUCGUCUUCAGGGGCAUCGACUUAUGGUCGACACAGAAGAGCGGGAAGGUACUACAGGAGGGGUAACAGGAGUGGCAGGGACAUGGACUUGUAUGGAUACGGAUAUGAGGAGGAAGACGAAGACGAGCUGGAGGUUAGCGAUGAGGGAUAUGAUUCUUACGACGCGUCUCCCAGAUUUCACUCUCGAACGCACGCGCCUCGCCGAGUACACACGACGUAUCCCUUCUCUGCCUACAGCGCGCCAUCGCCAUCCUACCCAUCACCUUCUUUCUCUCCUCUACCAACCACAUUACCACACACGUAUUCUUUAUCACAUCCCGAAGAAAUUGAAGACGAAAUUUCAUUUCCUGACGCGCGCUCUACAGACGGGAUAGAGCCGGACUACACUCCCAGCUGUCAUGAAGCACUUCGACGACAUUGCAAUGCUCUCGCAUUCCGAGUUCGAUUCAGCGUAUUCAGAGCUCGACGAAGGAUGCGAGGGAUUGUCGGGAAAGGGAGAAAGUAUUAGCCGCUGCUCCCAUGCGUGUAGUUGGUCUCAUCUCCAUUUCUCCUUUGCAUUUUCUCACUUGGACUGAUCAUACAUCAUCUCAUUGUCAUCGUUGCUUUGGUUUGGGAUAAUGUCGUCACCUCAUACCAUCCUCAUUUCUUCUAGUUCACUGCAGUGCUGGUGACUAUUCUUUGUAUCUCUUAUCUCAUCAUAUGUAGUGUUAUCAUCCGAUUUUCUUCUCUUAUGUUGAUUCUUUCCUUUUUGCAUGUUAGUUUUCUUCACUGGUGUUCCCGCCGCUAGUUCCCAUUCGCUUUAGUUCGUUUUGCAUCAUUGCGUUCAAUGUAUCUCCUUCCUGACUUAUAAUUAUUGCUUCGGGUGUAUCAAACAGUUAACAAACUAACCAGCACGGACUACAUACUUACACUGUACAUACAUACACGCCUCUCACGACUUAUGAACAUGAUUAACUUCAAUAACA